AUGCAAAUUGCUAAACUUUCUCUUAUUAAUCAUUCUUCUUUGCCUAUUGCUGCUGCACAAGGAGGAGGAGGAGGAGCAGCAGCAGCAGCAGCAGCAGGGAAUCAUGAUGAUGAUGACGAAGAAGAAGAAGAAGAGGAAGAAGAGGAAGAAGAGGAGGAAGAGGAGGGAGAAGGACGAGGAACAGCAGCAGCAGCAGCAGCAGCAACAGCAGCAACAGCAGCAAGAUCAAGGUUACAAGAUAACCAUUAA